UUUCCACAUCUGACUUUCCCUUCAACUUAAACCACGCAGGGUCAGCCCUGGAGAUAAAAAGGAAAUCGGAGGGCACGUCCCUGCAGGCAGCUCUUCCUUUUGCAGAUACAGUCAACUCUCCAGCAGAACUAAAGAGCCCCAAACCUUCUUAGUCGGCUUUAUGUGGACUACGGACCCCAGAAAAGGACCCUGCCUGUGGACGUGUGAAUGCAGCAGGCUUUUCCACCUCAGGCAACAUCAUAUGAUACCAACUGGAUGGUAAAAAUCAACCGAUCAAAAUAAUCAAGGAACCAGGACAAGAAAAGAGCCAAAGCUGGUGAUAUUGGGCAGAUCUACCUUUGAGAAGUGCCUGUACAGUUCUGAAAAUUUCGAAGCACUUUGCUAGCAGGUCAACUUCAUCACCUCUUGUGAGGCAGUGUUGCCAGUUGCCAUGGGGGAUUCUGCCAUGGACUCCACUCUCCCCCCUCCUGAGAGCGCUGUCCCAGAGGGCACUCUCUUUAGCAUGACCGAUGUGUUCCUCUUCUCACUCAUCGUUGGCCUCCUUUCCUACUGGUUCCUCUUCCGCAAGAAAAAGGAAGAAAUCCCUGAAUUUACCAAAAUCCAGCCAACAACAUCCUCGGUGAGGGAGAGCAGCUUUGUUGAGAAGAUGAAGAAAACGGGGCGGAACAUCGUGGUGUUUUAUGGUUCCCAGACUGGUACAGCAGAGGAGUUUGCCAACCGCCUGUCCAAAGAUGCCCAUCGUUAUGGCAUGCGGGGCAUGUCAGCGGACCCGGAGGAGUAUGAUUUGUCUGAUCUGAGCCGCCUCUCUGAGAUUGACAAUUCCUUGGCCGUGUUCUGCAUGGCUACAUACGGAGAGGGUGAUCCCACGGACAAUGCCCAGGAUUUCUAUGACUGGCUGCAGGAGACUGAUACAGACUUGACUGGUCUCAAAUUUGCAGUGUUCGGCCUGGGCAACAAGACUUACGAGCACUUCAACGCGAUGGGGAAAUACGUGGACAAGAGGCUGGAGCAGCUCGGAGCCCAGCGGAUGUUUGAGCUCGGCAUGGGAGAUGACGACGGGAACCUGGAAGAGGACUUCAUCACUUGGCGGGAGCAGUUCUGGCCGGCAGUGUGCGAGCACUUUGGCGUGGAAGCUACCGGAGAGGAGUCCAGCAUCCGUCAGUAUGAGCUGGUGGUCCACACAGACAUCAAUAUGAACAAGGUCUACACUGGCGAGAUGGGCCGGCUGAAGAGCUAUGAAAGCCAGAAACCCCCGUUCGAUGCAAAGAACCCUUUCCUGGCACCUGUUACCCUGAACCGAAAACUGAACCAGGGCGGAGAGAGGCACCUCAUGCACUUGGAACUGGACAUCUCUGGCUCCAAAAUCAGGUAUGAGUCCGGGGACCAUGUUGCUGUGUACCCAGCCAACGACACAUCACUAGUGAACCAGAUCGGCGAGAUUCUGGGCGCAGAUUUGGAUGUGAUAAUGUCCUUAAACAACCUGGAUGAGGAAUCCAAUAAGAAGCAUCCGUUCCCCUGCCCCACCACGUACCGAACAGCCCUGACCUAUUACCUGGACAUCACCAACCCGCCGCGCACCAACGUCCUGUACGAGCUGGCUCAGUACGCCACAGACCCCAACGAGCAGGAGCACCUCCGCAAGAUGGCGUCUUCCGCUGCCGAGGGGAAGACGCUGUACCUCAGCUGGGUUUUGGAGGCCAGAAGGAACAUAUUAGCCAUCCUGCAGGAUGUACCUUCUCUCCGACCUCCCAUCGACCACCUCUGUGAGCUGCUGCCUCGCCUGCAGGCCCGUUACUACUCGAUUGCCUCCUCUUCCAAGGUUCACCCUCACGCCAUCCACAUCUGCGCUGUGGUUGUGGAAUACGAGACCAAGACAGGCCGGCUGAACAAAGGAGUGGCCACUACCUGGCUGAAGAACAAGGUGCCCAAUGAAAACGGGCACAAGUUGACGGUGCCCAUGUAUGUCAGGAAGUCACAGUUCCGGUUGCCUUUCAAACCCAGCACGCCCGUCAUCAUGAUCGGGCCCGGGACUGGGAUCGCCCCGUUCGUUGGCUUCGUUCAAGAACGGGCCUGGCUGAAGCAGCAAGGGAAGGACGUUGGCGAGACGGUGCUGUACUACGGCUGUCGCCAUGAGAACGAGGACUACCUGUACCGAGAGGAGCUUGCCCAGUUCCACAAGGAGGGAGCCCUCACCCAGCUCAACGUCGCCUUCUCCAGGGACCAAGCCCAGAAGGUCUACGUUCAGCACUUGCUGAAGAAGAACAAAGAGGGGGUCUGGAAGCUGAUCCACGAGGGGAACGCUCACAUCUACGUGUGCGGUGACGCUCGCAGCAUGGCGCGGGACGUGCAGAACACCUUCUACGAAAUCGUGGCCGAGUUCGGGAGCAUGACCCAGCCCCAGGCCGUGGACUAUGUAAAGAAACUGAUGACCAAGGGCCGCUACUCCCUGGACGUCUGGAGCUAAGCCGGGCUCCCGGGCUGGGGAGAGGAAGGAUUCCCAGACGGCUGCUAGACCUGCCCCAGCCAUUGCAAGAACGUGCCACUGAAACGAAACUAAACCUUAGAUCCCCUCACCUGGUAAUCGCCCUCUGUACCCGCCUCCCCCCUCCGCUAGACUGCUCUCGAGAGCCCUGCGAAGGGCGGAGCGGGAACUGCUGGAAUCCCCCUGGGUUUUCUGGGGGAAGACGCGUCUCCACUGCGAUGGCCGGGCUUGCCCCGGGAACUAGCAGGAGUCAGGGCUUGAAGACCCCUCCCCCCCGCAGUGCAGGGCAAGGCCAGGUCGCUGGCCGGGCCGCCCGCCCCGCCCUGCUGUCUGUGCAACGAACCAGCUGCAGGCCCCCCCCCCCCUUUGUGCUCCUGUGGAAACUGAGGUGGGGCCACCCUUCCCCCCCUCCCCCUAGCCUCUCAGGCUAGUCGCAUAGGCCCCCAUGCCACCUCCUCUCCCAGGGAGCUACCUUAGUUUUUAACCCGUUCUUUGGGGGACAAUCCAGUGCACCCCAGCUCAGGCACGGUCUGGUGGUGAUCCAGGCAGAGCUGUGGUCCAGACCUGGACCCUGGCGACCUUUAACAGCUCCAGCCUGGAGCAUGCUGGGUUGGAAAGCGACCCAGGGCUGAGGGCAGCAAAUGGGAGAGACUGUCUCGCUCCCUCGCAGGGCAUCAAAGUCUCCACUGGCAGAGCCCCGUGUCUCCCUUGCCCCAUGAGACUUCCAGCACCAGGUCCUGUCCUGGUGGCACUCAGCCUGAGCAACGGUGCUGGGGUGCGCCCCCCUCACUGUGACAGGGCAGCCUGCAGCUCUGCCCGACGGCCAGGGCCCCCAUGCCUUGCACACCAGAGUCAGUGCCCUUUGAAAUUCUCCUGUGGCCUGCAACCAGCCCUGGCCAGCUGAGAGCCCGCCCUGGUGUAAACUCCUGCCCAGUCCUUGGCCCUGCUGCGAGUGGAGUCUCUGGAGUGGGGCUUUGCUCUGGCUGGAGACCUGCUCUCUGAACCCGUUAGCACCUAGCGAGAGUUGUGCCAGUGCCGCCUGAUCUGCCACCAGAUCCGCCACGAAGCUCUCUCCAGGCCAGCCCUGGCCUGGCCUCACUCCCCGCUCUAUCCUAUGGGCCUCACAGUAAGUUGGCUAGUGGUGGUGGGGAGCUGAUGCCCAGUGGCUUAAUGCUCACGUCCCAGCAAAGUGGUGACUUGCUCUGUAACUUCCCACCCCAGCAACAGACCAUCCCAGGGGGAGGAUGGCUCGCUCCCGGCCAUCACUAACCUCCAGGGACUAGCAAGGCAGCUCCCAGGGCGGCUUCCUUGGCCUGGGUCUUGAGUCUCAUGUGUAGCCACUGCUGGAGUGGGUCAGGGACUUAACUGCAGCACUUGCCUCCACUGAAUCUUGAUUCCUUAGUCACAGGGGACAGGAGAUGGCUGAAGCCGCCUCCUGUGAGCGGGGGGGAGUAAUUCCAGCUACUGGCCUGCAGGGGGCACUAAUGUGCAGCUGCAAUCAGCCCAGGGGAGCAGGGAGAACGACUGGGCUCCCGUGUGCUUGGUAGUCACAUGAACUGAACCCCCUUGGCCGCUUCUCCACACACGGUUUUGGUAUCUGGGUUUCACGUUCACCCCGGCUUGAGACCUGCUCAUGGACAAGCUCUCCGCCUGUCCCAUGAAUGUAAAUAAUUUUAAAUAUACUGUCCCCUUGGAAUAAAACAGGGGCUUUAUUUUGCCUCGUGAGAUCA